CUCCGGCUACCGAUCGUGCGUAAGCUGCUACGACCCCGGCUGGCCCCACUGCUGCUCCCGCUGGCUCCCCCCGCCGCUCCUCCGCUGCUCCCACUGCUGCUGCCGCUACCGCCACUGCUGCUGUAUUUUUUGGCCAUCGUGACGGUAGAAUGGUCAAGUGUUGUGGGUACCGAUCUGGGCGUGUGCCUUUUGCGUGCGUGCUAGAGAAGAUGUCGGUUGAGAACCACUCUAGCAGAACAACCUGAUUCAACCACAGUGGCUGCGUUGAGGUCAGAAACGUGGGAAGGAAGGGGAAGAAAGGCACAGCACGGUGGCCGGCACUGGCCGCCGCGCGUCUACAGUGCUUCUAGGACGGGUUGGCUCUGGCAAACUUCACGGACUUGGAGCCUUCUUUUCCUUUUGAAGCCUCCAAACUCAUUCCACUGAAGACUGUCGAUAUUCAUCAUGGGGGACGACGAAGCAGCCAAACAAGACGACUUCAUCGCUUUCGACAUGGACGAAGAGCUCGUCGAUCAGCUCGACGGGCCAGUCCCAACCUCCUCAGUAGCAGCCCACGGCGCCGGCACAGGUUCAAGAACGCCCGCCGCCCGACAGCAAUACAACACCCACUCCCGCGGCGAAACAGGCGGUCCCGCCAACCGCCGAGGCCCCCACAACGACCCGCGCAAUGUCCAUUCCGAGCCGCGAUUCAGGAAACCAGAGAUAAAAAGCCUCGACGUGUUGACGCCGUUACCCAUCCCGCCUUGGCAACCGAAAGACAGGAAAUAUUCAAAGAACUUGUUGAAGAUGCUGCAUGAGGAGAUUGACGAUUAUAUCUCGUACUUGAUCCCCACCGAAGCUGAGCAUGCUAUGCGAAGGCUGACGAUCGACCGCAUUACGAAUGUGGUACAUACUGUACGGCCAAAGGCGGAUGUGCGCGUUUUUGGGAGUUUCGAGACCAAACUGUAUUUACCUUCUAGUGAUGUGGACGUGGUGAUAUUAGAUAAGACGAUGCAUCUCCCACCAAUACGGCAAGUAGAGGAGGCCAUCCGAAAAGCAGGAAUUGCGUCAAAGAUCGAAUGCAUAACAGGCGCCAAGGUCCCCAUCAUCAAGAUAAUAGACUCCAUAACAGGCUACCCCGCCGACAUCAGCUUCAACGUUGCCGCCGGCGUGCACGCCGCCGAGAUCGUCAAAACCUUCCUGGACGAUCCGCGGUGCGGUGAAGGAUUACGGCCGCUGCUGCUGAUCAUGAAGCAGUUCCUGUUGCAACGGAACCUGAAUGAGGUUUUUACCGGUGGGAUGGGGAGUUACACGCUGAUGAGCAUCAUUGCGGCGUUUUUGAGGAUGCAUCCGAGACUGCAGACGGGACAAAUACAGGCGAAAGAUAACCUAGGAGUGCUGCUGAUAGAGCUGUUGGAGUUUUAUGGAGUCAACUUCAACUAUGAGGUGGUGGGGAUCGCGAUGGAUAUGGAAGGAGUGUGGUAUUUCCCCAAGUCAGCGAUAUCCCCGCCAAAUGUAUGCCCAUUACAACGCGGACCGCCCCGGUACGACGCCCUGUGCGUGAUAGAUCCGCAAGACCAAACCAACGAAAUAGCCGGCGCAACAAAAGGCUGGCGAAUCAUCCGCUCCGAAUUCGCACGCGCCGCCCAACUCCUCAUCGCCAUGCUCGGCGCCGGGUACCAACACCCAUCCCGCUCCACGCACGUCACCACCCUCCUCGGCAGCAUCCUCACGGUCCGCAGGGAGACGAUCGAGCAUAGGGAGAGCGUGCAGGAGAAGUGGGAGGAGAUUAGGGGGAGAGUUGGGGAGUAUACCCUCGGUGUCGAGUCAGAUUUUACAGCGAGGAAUGGGAAUGGGAAUGGUGCGGCAUCAUCAUCAUCGUCAUCGCCCGGCAAACAACAACAACAACAACAACAACAACAACACCACCACCAACGACCCAACAGCGCAACGAAACGUAAACGCGGCUACGAUAAAUUCGACUCAUCCGCUGACGACGAACAUAUCUAUGUUUCGGGGACAAGUGAAGACGAAGCCGGUGGUGGUGGGGGUGGGAAAGAGAGAGGUAGCGACGCGGAAUCGGAUCAGGAUUAUCUGAAUGAAUUGGCUGGGAAAGGAAGCGCUGGUGGGACAGGGAGGAGGGGGAGAGGUGGUGGGCAUAACGGGGCCCAGGGGAGGGUAGUGCAUGUUGCAAAGAGGGGGAGGAGGGGGCGGUGA